UUCCUGCUCGAACUAGAGGGGGAGGGGUGAGUCAUGUGACGCUCAGCUGGUUUCAGUUAGGUCCUGUAAACAACUGUAAAACGGCUCCCUGCAGCACUUGCUCUGUAUUUGUAUUCGUCGUUUGACUGGAACAGAGAUCAUCUCAUCAUGUCUGGAAGAGGCAAAGGCGGUAAAGGACUCGGGAAAGGAGGCGCUAAGCGUCACCGUAAAGUGCUGCGCGAUAACAUCCAGGGAAUCACCAAACCCGCCAUUCGUCGUCUAGCUCGCCGCGGUGGAGUCAAGCGCAUCUCCGGUCUGAUCUACGAGGAGACCCGCGGUGUGCUGAAGGUGUUCCUGGAGAACGUGAUCCGCGACGCCGUCACCUACACCGAGCACGCCAAGAGAAAGACCGUCACCGCCAUGGACGUUGUAUACGCGCUCAAACGACAGGGACGCACCUUGUACGGCUUCGGAGGAUAAACCGCUUCAGAUCAGAGAACAAACCCAACGGCUCUUUUAAGAGCCACCCACACUCUCACUUAAAGAGCUCGCGCUGCUGUUGUGUGCUGAACAUGAGAACUACGUUUACACAGUCGUUACAAAUAAUACAUUU